GUAACGGUUGAUGGUACUUGCAGUCCGGCUAAAAACUAAAAGAAGACGGAAUAAAGGAAUUAACUUCACAUCAAAGUUCCCUGGUUCGCUGGAAGACCUGGACACGAUGAACUUUGGAUUUUCAGACAGUUUACUCUGAGCAUUGACGCAUCGGUCACCGUUGUAACUGGCCAGCAUUUAAAGGUCAAUUUACGUUGGCUAGCUUGCUACUGCUAGCCAGUUUCAGAACAUUUUCUCGGCAGAAAGUAAGACAGCAAUAGUGUUUUGAGACUAAAGGAAGACAAAUCACCAGAAAGACAUUUUCAAAGGAGGCAGUAGGCUAUCAACCACGAUGGAAUCAAGCGGAAAGAAAGUGACGUUACAGCUGAUGUUGGCGGUGGGAGCCGCUGUGAUUGGCUCGCUGCAGUUCGGCUACAACACCGGUGUCAUCAACGCUCCCCAGAAGACCAUCUCGGCCUUCUACAAUGUGACCUGGAUCGACCGCUAUAAGGAGGGCAUCCCCGAGGCCUCGCUCACCACGCUGUGGUCCCUCUCCGUCGCCAUCUUCUCCGUGGGGGGCAUCAUUGGCUCCUUCUCCGUGGGUCUGUUCGUCAACCGCCUGGGCAGGAGGAACUCGAUGCUAAUGGCUAACGUGCUAGCCUUCGUUGCCGCGGCGCUCAUGGGCUUCUCUAAGAUGGCCGCCUCCUGGGAGAUGCUGAUUCUGGGCCGCUUCGUGGUGGGGCUGUACUCGGGCCUGUCCACCGGCUUCGUGCCCAUGUACGUGGGCGAGAUCGCGCCGACCGCCCUGCGGGGGGCGCUGGGCACCCUGCAUCAACUCGGCAUCGUCAUCGGCAUCCUCAUCGCCCAGGUGUUUGGGCUGAACUCCAUCAUGGGGAACGCCGAGCUGUGGCCGCUGCUCCUGGGCUUCACGGCCAUCCCGGCGGUCCUGCAGUGCGCGCUGCUGCCCUUCUGCCCCGAGAGCCCCCGCUUCCUGCUCAUCAACCGCAACGAGGAGAGCCAGGCCAAGAACGUGCUGAAGAAGCUCCGGGGCAUGGCGGACGUGAGCGCAGACAUGCAGGAGAUGAAGGAGGAGAGCAGGCAGAUGAUGCGGGAGAAGAAGGUCACCAUCCCGGAGCUCUUCCGCUCGCCGCUGUACCGCCAGCCGCUGCUCAUCGCCGUCAUGCUGCAGCUGUCCCAGCAGCUGUCCGGCAUCAACGCUGUGAGUGUCCCCACGAGACUGGGUUACAGGGCAGAGUGCCGGGGCCUGGGGCUGGAAGCUGGCCAUACCUGGUCCAGGCAGACCGACCAGGCUCCACCCAGGACCAGGAAGGCCCACCAGAGGGGAGGAACAGUGAUGGUGGUGAUACAGUCGGCUGAUCAGGGACAUGGCGAACGCGUAGAUUACCCGUUUGACACCACCGCCUGCCCCCUGGGGGCCACAGCCGAGCGGGACCUCCGCUCGUCUGCGUCCGAGAGCCGCUCCCUGCGAGCGCUGACUGUUACACAAGCAGAACAUUCUCCCCGCGAUCGCUGCAAAGACGUCUCAACCUUGGACGGGUUCAAUCCGAUUACAGCUGCUGCACUGCACCAGCCCUGA